AUGGCGCCAUCGCGGCUCGUCCUCCUCCUCCUUCUCCUAUCUCAGUGCUCGGCGGCAGCUCCACGGCACGGCGCCGAGGGCUGGUGGGAGGAGGGCGAGGGGGAGUGGAGGCCGGCCGAGGAGGAAGACAAGGGCAAGGGGAGGGGCCUGUUCGUGCUGGACCGGCUGGAGAAGGUUGUCGAGUCGGAGGGCGGGCAGGUGCGCGUGGUGCGCGGCCAGCCGUGGCCGCCGUCGGCCUUCGCCUGCCGCGAGGGGCUCAUGCACAUCGGCUUCAUCACCAUGGAGCCCAAGACGCUGUUCGUGCCGCAGUACCUCGACUCCAGCAUCACUCUCUUCGUGCACCGGGGGGAAGUGAAGGUUGGGUAUAUUCACAAGGACGAGCUCGUGGAGAGGAAGCUCAAGAUGGGCGACGUCCUCCACAUCGACGCCGGCUCCACCUUCUACUUGGUCAACACCGGCAAAGGCCAGAGGCUACAGAUCAUAUGCAGCAUCGACGCCUCCGAUAGCCUUGGCUUUGGACCUCCUUAUCAGGCCUUCUACCUCGGCGGCGCAGGGCACCCGGCGUCGGUCAUCGCCGGUUUCGGACCGAAGACGCUUACCCAUGCCUUCAACGCCACCUACGACGAGUUGGCAAGUAUCCUGAUGCCACGAACCGGCGGCCCCAUCGUGUACUACACCGCGGACGUGGAGCCCGAGACCGGUGGCGGCAAAGCGGAGCGUGGGCAGGGCGACGUGCACGAUGAUGUGCUGGACAGGGGAGCCAGGUGCGAGGGUGCUGGCGCGUGGAGGCCGGUAGGCAGGGGAGACGAAGGCGACGAGUGCGGCAGCGAUGACGCACGGCGGCCGACGUGGUCGUGGAGGAAGCUGGUGAACAGGUUCAUCGGAGGGGCGGCGGGCGGCGGCGUCACCGCGGAGGUGAACAAGAAGGGCAAGAAGAAGGGGGGCGCGCCGGAGCCGUACAACCUCUACGACAGCGAGCCCGGGUUCCGGAACACCUACGGCUGGACCGUCUCCGUCGACAAGCACCAGUACGAGCCCCUCAAGCACCCCGACAUCGGCGUCUACCUCGUAAACCUCACCGCGGGGUCGAUGCUGGCGCCGCACGUGAACCCUCGGGCGACGGAGUACGGCGUGGUGCUGGGCGGGGAAGGCACCAUCCAGGUGGUGUUCCCGAACGGCUCGCUGGCGAUGAGCGAGGUGGUGCGCCCCGGCGACGUGUUCUGGAUCCCGCGCUACUUCCCGUUCUGCCAGGUGGCGUCACGGGGCGGGCCCUUCGAGUUCUUCGGCUUCACAUCCUCGGCGCGCCGCAACCGGCCGCAGUUCCUGGUCGGCGCCUCCUCGGUGCUCCGUACGAUGCUCGGCCCGGAGAUCGCCGCCGGUUUCGGCGUUCGCGAGAAGGAGUUCAGUAAGCUGGUGCGUGCGCAGAGGGAUGCUCUGAUAAUGCCGUCGUUCCCCGCGUCGGGGAAGGAGGAGGAGGAGGAGAAGCAUGGGAAGAAGAAGGGGAGGGAGGAGAAGCACGGGAAGGGGGAGGGGAGGAGGGAGAGGGAGAGGGAGAAGCCACUGCCGCUGGUUGUCGAGCAGGUGGCGGAGGAGUAA